CACUUAUUGCCAGACACACUCCGUCGUCAUUUUGGCUCAAGCGGUUGGGUGUCAAGUAUACCUUCUAGCUCAACGUUUUGAUCCAGGCGAUUGGACCGACUUCUCUUCUACAGCUUACGUUUUGCUCUACAACGAUGGAUUCGCCAACGAGGCGGGGAACGUCUCAGCCUGUUCAAAGUGGCAUCCCCAGCGCCACUUGCAACGCUUGCGGCUUCUGCGUCCCGCCUGUAAUAUGUAAUUCCACCAGUCAGAGUGUCCCUAUGGCCACGUCAACAACGGGUACUUAUGGAUGUUUCGCGUCUUACCCCAACAUAGCCUCGUCCGCACCAUACCAAGGUUCAGAUGGCACUUGUGGUUCAUUGCCCAACAUGCACUCACUGCCCACCAUGCAGGAGUCCACCGUGAACUCGCUCCCCACUAUGCAGUUACUGCCGCCCUGCGAGCAGAGCGACAGCGAGCCAUUGGAGACCGACGACGAGUUCGACCACCCGCGCGGGAUCGGGCGCUCGCAAACCAGAGGCGGCCGCGCACCCGAGAACCCACCCAAGAACGCUCAGGACUCAACUUGUGCGGGCCCCGGCGCCGCCCAGCCGGCUUCUCACGAGCGCCCGUCGGCUCGGACAACUGGCGGCGCUCCCCCGCUCCACGGCGGCGCCAGAGCAGCGACGACCAGUGCGCCCGCCAUGCCGCCGCGCUCCGCCGCCGGGGCAGCGCCUGCUGGGAGGCCUCUGGGCGACUGGUCCCGGCAGGCGGAGCCCGCCCGCGCCGAGGGCGGGGUCUGCGCCGGGCGCGCAGGAGCCUCCGGCGGCAAGCUCGCGGCCGCCGGCGGGGCGCUGGAGGUGCAGCGGGCCAGGCUCCUGGAGCUGGAGCAGCUGCAGGCAGAGCUGCAGCAGGAGGUGCAGGAGAUCAGGCAGGGGAUCCUCAAGCUGGAGACCGACCUGGCGGAGCUGGAGCUCCAACAGGGUGAGCCCGUGGCCAGGGCGCUGGUGCCGAUCGAGAAAGCAGCGCCCGUCGCUCCUGGCGCUCCAACCAUUACCACGCUCAUGAUCCGCAACCUUCCAAUGGCUGUGACGCAGGGUGACCUGCUGGUCCUCAUGAACCAGUCUGGCUUCGCGAACCGCUAUGAUUACGCCUACGCACCAACAGAAUUUCACGCUCGGACUACGAAGGGGUACGCGUUUGUUAAUUUUAUCACCCCCAGGGACGCCCGCGAGUUCGCCGCCGAGUGGAACGGGUCGCGGCUGGCCAGUGCUGGACCCGCCGCGCCCGUCCUCGAAGUCAUGGCGGCAGAGUUGCAGGGCUACGAGGAGAACGUAAGGAGGUGGAGUGCGAGGCGGCUGCGUCGCACGAAGAACCCCGAGCUCCACCCGUUCUUCGCCCAGAGGUGAACGUUCAACUGCACAAGUCGAGUGUACAGGGGAUGAAGGCGGAGGGCAGCACGCGUUGAGGAUGAAGAACUCACCUUGACCGUCACCGCUCAUCUACGAAAGUAUCCCGUGGAGAUCGAUGGCAUGUAUUGGGGUCGAUGUCAAGCUGUGAUCCUCCCCCUCCCUCCUGCCUGGCGCUUUGCGCUGUAUUCACGCUCGCUGCUACGUGGACCUCGCAAAGUAGAUUUCAUAACCUUUCACAGUCUCCUUGUCUGCCCGACCUGAGGCAGACAAGUAUCCCACUGUUUGUUCAAACAUUUUUUGGUGUCCUACUGUUUGUUCAAACAUUGUUUCUUAUAACGGGCUUUCGUUCGUGGUGUGCUGGUCCUGUUUUAUUGAACACUGCUGUGUAGACAACGGCAACACAUAUAAUGUAUGUGGGCAUCGUUCCAUGGCGUAGUUAAGCAUCCUUCCGCCUGCCAUGCGCCGUUCUAUCUCUCAGUGUACCUCCAUAUAGUUCCACUGUGUGUCCUCACUAUUUCCAUGCUCCGUUUUCUUGGUCGUGCUCACGAGGGCCUCGGUCUGGGCGCUGUCCAGUCAGAUCGGCCUACGCACGCGCAAGUUUGCCUGUCCUCUUUCCUACCCGGUCCGCUUCUGGGGCGACUGACGGUUUUUGAUUGCAAUGCGCAGCGUGCGGUUCCGACCGUUUAGACGGCCAUGUCUUGAUGUUGAUUAGCAUUUGUCCUCCUCCCCUCUCCUUCUUUCAUAUGUUUGUUUUGUUGAGUUCGCCGUCGUUUAAAGCAGGAAAGGUUCGACGAACCCAGGGGGGGGGCGGGCGAUGGUGAGGGGGAUCACGGUAGAAACUUGCAACCAUCCAAGCAGAACGUGCUUCGAGCAUGUUGUGCCUACGCUUUGUACGAGGCUCAUUAUUAUAGUGGUUCGACACCGCUCUGUUUCGCGUUGAGAUAUCCGUUGCGCACGCAGGACAGCCCCCUCGCUUUUCCUCGUCCUCCUCGUCCUCCUCCUCCUCCUCCUCCUCCUCCUCCUCCGUUUGCUCCUGCGUUGCCUUCUUUCUGUGGAUCGGAUCGUGUUUCACUUUGGGUUGAGCCGUGUCGGCUCCGAUUCCCGAGUGCGGCCUCCGACUCAGCGUGACACAAACAUUGUUACUAUUGUGCCCCAGCAA